ACGGCAGUGGCGCUGGGAGUCUCGCGUUCGCGGUGCCGUUACUCGCAGUCGGGCGGCGGCUGAGGCUCGGCGCACAACGCAGACAGCGCGUUAGCAGCAGCAGCGGAGGCACCUCGGCGGUCGCAGCCCCUGCGCUGGUGCAGCCACCCUCGCCUGCUCCGCUCUUCCCUUCGCUCGCACCAUGGCUGAUCAGCUGACUGAAGAACAGAUUGCUGAAUUCAAGGAAGCUUUCUCCCUAUUCGAUAAAGAUGGUGAUGGCACCAUCACAACAAAGGAACUUGGAACUGUCAUGAGGUCACUGGGUCAGAACCCAACAGAAGCUGAAUUGCAGGAUAUGAUCAACGAAGUGGAUGCUGACGGGAAUGGCACCAUUGACUUCCCAGAGUUCUUGACCAUGAUGGCUAGAAAAAUGAAAGAUACAGAUAGCGAAGAAGAAAUCCGUGAGGCAUUCCGAGUCUUUGACAAGGAUGGAAAUGGUUACAUCAGUGCAGCAGAACUGCGCCACGUCAUGACAAACUUAGGAGAAAAACUAACAGAUGAAGAAGUAGAUGAAAUGAUCAGAGAAGCAGAUAUUGAUGGCGACGGACAAGUCAACUAUGAAGAAUUCGUACAGAUGAUGACUGCAAAAUGAAGACCUACUUUCAACUACUUUUCCCCCUCUAGAAGAAUCAAAUUGAAAUCUUUUACUUACCUCUUACAAAAAAAAAAAAAAAAAGAGAAAAGAAAAAAGUUCAUUUAUUCAUUCUGUUUCUAUCUAGCAAAACUGAAUGUCAAAAGUACCUUCUGUCCACACACAAAAAUCUGCAUGUAUUGGUUGGUGGUCCUGCCCCUAAAGAUCAAGCCCCCCACAUCAGUUUUACAGUAUAAAUACUCGUACUACCUUAUAAGGAAGCACUUAGUGGAGUCCUUAAAGUUCCAUUUGCUAAUGAUUAAUACACUGUUUGGGCUGGCCAGUUUCUCAUGCAUGCAGCUUGACGAUUUAGCACAGUCAGGCAUUUGUAUUAAAACUGAAAAAUGGAAAAAACAAAUUCAAAAUCUUGUCAGAUGGGUUCUAGUCCAAUCUGUUCCGAUAAAUUGUCAGUAGCCAGUUUACUGCAAACAUUUAAAAUUGGUUUACCUCAGGAUAAUGUGCAGAAAAUGGGUGAAGGCUAACCUUUGAGACAGAGCCCCAGAAGUAGGAUGGACCUCUUGUACUUCAAGUGCUCCAAUCCCACAGUGACAAUGACACCCUGGUGGCAUGCCCAAGUAUGGUGGUUUAGUGCUGUGUGCAUUGUGUUAGAGUGAAAUGAACAUCGAGGCUGUCACCAAAUCACACAAAUUUUUAAUAAGAAAUGUUUACCAAGGGAGCAUCUUUGGACUCUUGUUUUAACACCUUGUGAACCAUGACUCGGAGCCAGCAGAGCAGGCUGUGUCUGUGGACUUGAGCACAACCAUCAACAUUGCUGUUCAGGAAAUUAUAAUUUACGUCCAUUCCAAGUUGUAAAUGCUAGUCUUUUAUUUUUUUUUUUUCCAAUAAAAAGACCAUUAACUUAAAAGUGGUGUUAAAUGCUUUGUAAAGCUGAGACCUGAAGGGGACAAGGACAAGGCAGUCGGAGGGGAGGUCAGCGUACAUGCAAGCAGCCAUCAUCCAGUGUGAACUGGAUUUCCUGCCCAGAUUACGUAGCAUCAGCUCCUGACACCUGGCAGAUACUGAGUUCAUCAUCUAUACCAUGUAAGUCUAGUUACAUUUUCUGUGUGUGCGUGCGCAAAUCACAGUCCGUUGAUCUGUUCAGGCAGAGUAGAGCCCUCGGUGAGCAAAAGCCUGUUCCGAAGCAUGCAUCAGGACUUCUCGUCUGUGCUGCUGCCGACCCUUUGUAAGUACGUGAGGCCAUCUGUGCAGGAGACAAGAUUUAUUAUCUGUGUAAUUCAAUGCUCACUGAACGAUGGAAGCAGUCCGGUCGAAGACCCUAGCAGUCACCUUUGAUUUGGUUUGAACAUUGAUGAUUAUACUUAACUUUAGCCUCUAUAUCUUUUUUUUUAUUAAGUUGACUGCUUCUUCUCCCCAUAACUAGAACUACUGCUUAAGACUGACUUGAAAGCAACAAAACAAAACUAUAUGUCCCAGAGUGGAUUUCAUUUCUAAUUAUAACCCUGUAACCAAAACUCAAGACGUGCCGGGACUGAUCUAUUUUAAAAGCCACCACCCCCGCACUCAGAAAUAAAAGCUCCUAGGCCAAUCAGAUACAACCAGUUAACACCCUGAAAAAUGUACAAGGCCCUUGUUUCACAGAUGAGCUCUGUACUAAAUGCAACACGCUUCUAAGGGGGUGGGGGCAGGGCACAAUGGCAGGCCUCUAGCAAGGUGAUGAGAAGCCCUCGGCAGCCAGAUGAGUGCAUUCGGGGCUAAUACGUAGACCCUUGGCUUCUUCCUCUCCUGCUCCCUGUCCGCCUGGCAUUUUGUAGCUCCUUGGAAUUCUUUUCCGCCAAGGGUUGGGUCAGAGCAGUGGAGAGGGAGAUGUUGCCUGGGCGCUUCUGCUCGUCCUUGGACUGGGUGGCUGGCAGACAGGUUGAGGCACUGUAAAUUGGCUUCUGAAUCACUAGGUACUCCUAAGAAUGGGGGUUCCUUCUGGUAAGAGAACUGAGGGCUCUAGGUGAAGGAAGUGAAUGGCAGUAGGUGUGUCUUGUGAGCGGAUGGAAAUGCCCAGUGGCCGACCCAGUCUCAGGCCUGUGGUCUGUAACCUCUUGGUAGUUUCAAAGGGGGUUGGAGGUGACUUAACUUUUUUUAAACUUGCCUCCUAUCUUUUACCUUCUACCAAGUCUUUGUAGAAGCUGGGUAGAUUCCACAUUAGCAGCCCCAUAGCCUGUCCCAAAAGGCUACCUUUGAAACAGGAUUCUUGUGUGACCAGGAAUCCUGUGUGGGAACCAGAGACCCUCAAGGAAUGUAAGCUGAGGUUCAGAGCUGCAGGAGGCAGAGUCCCCCCACCUCCUCGGCCUUCUUGGAUCCCGGGGCACAACCAGCCCAGAGCUUGGUGUUGGCAGUCUGAGUCUGUAAGGGGAAAAGAGUAGGGUGUCAAGGCAGUACCUCUGAAGUUGGAUAGCACUUUCCUGUAAACUGUCUCUCACUUAUAACUACUCUAUAAAUAUAUACAUAUAUUUAUAUAUAUAUAUAUAUAUAAAGUGACUAGUUAACUGGCAUCCUGCUUUAGCCUGAGACUUGCCCUAAGAAACUGCUGAGUCCUUGGCACACCUUCAUAGUGUGUUCUCCGUCUGUUGGGGGGAGCUGUUGAGCAAGGCAAACAUCUUGAUAGCUCAGAUGGGCUUUAAUGUGCUGUUGCCAGGGAAGGCUUUUUCUGAUUUUUUGACAAAUCUUUGCACACUUUAAUUGGUGUCUUUGAGAAACUUAAAACACGUUGAAGAUGAGCUAUUGUACAUAUUUUUAUAUUCUCUUUAUAAGUGCAUGUCCACCUUGUAACCAUAUUGUAAUGAAUGGCUGUCCAGUAGGCCUAGUGUUAACUGUCACGCAAGAGGGAUAGCAUUUGUCACUCGCCCCUCAGCAUCCUGGGAACUUCUUCUUGAAUGAAGAAUGUAAAUUUGGUCAGGUCAACUCUUGGUUCAAGUAUCUUAACCAUUUGAAUGAUUUAUUGUAUGUCCUACAUAUACUUCUCUUUGGCAGCAACGAGAUUUACAAUGUGUCUCAAUUGACCCCCUCAGCCAGCAGUCACCUGCUUUUCUUUUUAAUACCCCUUGAAGUUGUCCUGUAGGAGACAAAUUCUUUGCUGUCUAUCCCCCUGAAUAAGAAGGCAGGGAUGCGUGUUCUCCUAGACCUACUACAAUGUUCACUAAAUACCUAUAGCAAAGGUGGUAGUCCUGCUACUGAAGUCACCCUUCACUGUGGCUGUCUGAAAAGGAGAUGUACUUGAAUGUUCUGUAAAUCUUGAGAUAAACUGUUUGGGGAUUUAACCACCUCUCUGAUGGGGGACCAACUCUAUGGAAAUUGUAAAUAAGUUUUAUUUAUAAACCUGGCACUGUAUUCAAUAAACAUUUCUGCAGCCUUUCAUCUCUUAA